AUAAAAAAAAUCAUGAGAAUUGAUGAUGAUAUUGGUAAAGUUGCAUUACCUGUUCCAGUUAUGAUUUCUAGAGCAUUGGAACUUUUUGUUUCGUCGCUUUUGGUCAAAGCUGGUGGUAUUACAAUACAAAAAAACGCAAGAACUCUAACUCUUACACAUUUAAAACAAUGCAUUAAUUCAGAUGAUCGGCUUGAUUUUCUUAAAGACCUUUUGAAAGACAUUCCUGAAAUUACUGAAGAAGCUAACGAAAUGAAUAGACCAGAUUCACCUGUAAAUAAGAAAAGGCGAAUUACAGACGAUGAUGAUGAAAGUGAAGAAGAAGUAUUUUCGCUGGACCCCCCCCCAUUCUAUGACGUAGAUGGAGAUGUGGAAUUCGCCGAUGACUUUUUUGAUGAGAUCGACGACGGUGGCCAUGGCGACGACGACGACUGCGUUGACCGCAGUGGCGGCGGUGGCCACGGCGACGACGACGACUGCGUUGACCUCGGCGGCGACGGUGGCCACGGAAACGACGAUGACUGCGUUGACCACGGCGACGGAGGUGGUGGUCACGGCGGCGACGACGACAGCGUUGACCUCGGCGGCGGCGGUGGUGGUCACGGCGACGACGACGACUGCGUUGACCACGGCGACGAGCGAUUAAAUACAGCGGCAGUGCAAAAAGCAAUCAAAUUAUCCUUGUUUGUGGAAGACGGAGAUAGUGGAGAUGGUAUUCGAGAAACGAUCAAAUCACCGUUGUCGACGAAAGAAAGAACCCGUGUAAAAGUGGAGCAAGAAACGAUCGAAUCUCCCAUGUUUAUAGGAGAAGGAACCAGUACAGAGGUGAUACAAGAAACGGUCAAACCGCCGUUGUUUAUGGGAGAAGGAACCAGAGCAGAGUCAAUGCAAGCGCCGAUGAUUAUGAGAAAUACACCACGUAUAAGGGCAAUGCGUAGAAAUUUGGAUCCGCCCACGUACCCAGAAGGAGCACCGAUCGAGUCGGCCGAGUUACAAAAAGAAAUUGCUGAAUUAGAGGCGUUGCAAGAAACGAUCAAAGCGCACCUGAUCAUUACAUGCGAAUGCUGGGGAGCAUCGCCCGUGAGCGUGAAGGAAAUGUUCAGGCGGUACGGUCGUACUAUGCCGCCGGAAUCGCAGAACGUGAACGUCGUCGCGGAGUAUCUCAGCACGGUGCGCAUGAUGCUGUCCAAAAAUCGUCUCCAAGUCAUAAAUAGCCGGUGUCCGGAGAUGACCAACGCGUGUAAUGCACUGAUCAGCAACAUCAAGUGGAGGCAGAAAAUCUUGGCCAUAUUGUCGGCCAAGAACGAUUACUUAAGAUACAAAGCGAUGUGCACAAUAAACGAGAUCUUGCUGCAUUUCACUUAUGACCACGACGAGACUCCCGCACGCUUGUACUACAAUAUAGCCCAGAUGAUUUUGAACGAAGCCUAUCGAAACGCUCGUAUAGCAACGUUGCAGACCCUAACGAUGAUGCUCCGGACGCAUGACCACGACCAGCUCGCCCCAUACACCAAAUCGAUAAUGCUGCAUCACUUGCAGAAGUAUUGGAAAUCGAUAGUCAACAAAAUCACUUGCUGCAGGGACAGAUCGUUGUUGGAACUGCUGGCACUGUGGGACGCCGUGUUCGCCGCACUCAGGGAACCGAAAAUCAUGCGGGCGGUGGACGAACACCUCGUGCACUCUUACACCUCGGGCUUGUCCAAGGUCGAGUCCGUGUUGCACGCCGAGGACACGCAUCCGCUGGUCUGGAUGAGAACGAUUCGGGUCCUCAGCGCCGCGCUGACCUCCCGCACUGGCGCUACGCCACGCUGCAAGCUCCUGUUAGCCCUGGCCCAGACCUAUCUGAUCGGGUUCCACAGAAACCGGUUGUUACGCACCCUGCACCACAUAAAGGACCGUUUCGCAUGGCCCGACAACCAGACCAUGGGCUUGCAGGACGUCUUGCUGCUCACGAUGAGGUCGAUGCGCGUGUACGUGCGGAACUGCGAAUCACGUACUAAGGCCGUGGCCAUGGUCUUAUACACCGUAGAGCGUAUCGAAUUAUACGUCAAGUCGUGCCGGAUGUACAAUGCGGACAUGCCGUUCAGCCGGUGGCUGGUACACAUGAUGUACAACCGGGACGACGUUCUCGUCGAAUGUCUGCUCACUGCUGUCGACAUAGUGCAAAGGUUGCCCGUCACCCGGUUGCUGCUCGAUCCGUUCUGGAGCUUCCUCGAGCUGGCGUUACGCGGGGCGUACAAUCCGGACCUGUUCUUCGACUAUCUGAUCUCGGACGAGACCGAUUUCCUGUCGUACAUUCUCAAGCUGCUGAAAGUCAUCCUUGACAACAGCCAACGUUUCUUUCUCUGCUGCGGCAACAAUUUGCCCCGUAUCAUGGAGUUACUAACCGUGCUCCGGACAAAAAUACGCCUUCACCAUUUCCCGUAUAAAAUCGAACCCGUCGCGAAGCUCAUUGAUAAUUGCGUAACAUUGCAUGAAAAAUUCGAAUUGCCCACCACCCGUUUUACUAUUGAUCAUUAGUACGGAGUACAGUUUUUAUACUUUGUUCCUUGACUUGGCAUAUAUGUGUUCUUUUUAAACUUUUUUCAUUUUAAACCAAUCGAUCACCUUUUUAUUAUUUUCGUGUGUCUUGUACCGUUUUAAUAUUAUGUAUCUGUUACAGGUCAUGAUUGCGUAUAACGCUCGAUUUAACAACUUCAAUUCUUCACUAUAUUAUUAAUAUUUUAUCAUUUGAGAAUGUUCAAAGAAUAUUUUAAGAUACUUUUAAAAUAAUAAUUUAAUAAGUAUAACAGUACAAACAUUAAUUCCUUAAUAUUAAUCACAUUAAUAAUAAAUAAUGAUAUCAAGUGAACCACCCAUAUUAUUAUUUUCGUGUGUCUUGUACCGUUUUAAUAUUUGUACCUAUUGCAGGUCAUGAUUGCGUAUAACGCUCAAUUUAACAACUUAAAUUGUUCCCAAUAUUAAUAAUAUUUUAUCAUUUAAGAAUGUUUAA